UUCAGUGUUGUUGGAUCAUGGGGAGUCGAGCCAAGGCCGCGCUGCUGCGCAGUGCGCUGUGCCUCACAACAGCGAAGCCACGUCCGAGCCCAACGCUGUUCAUGUUCCCUGGGUUGACGUCGGCGCCGUUCCACAACCCGCGCGACUUUGACUGGACGCGAGCUCUCGAAGCAAACGUAGAUGUGAUUCGGUCAGAGUACUUGGCGCUCAAAGCGAACCAGAAGACAUCCGACUACGACGUGCAAAGUGGGCACGAACACGCAUUGCACAAUGGACAAUGGGACUGGUUCAGCUAUAUGACAAAAGGCAACAAAACCGGUAACGACGCAUUCGAGGAGCAUUGCCCCACCACAACGUCGCUUUUGAACUCGAUUCCCGGUUUUAUGACGUCCAUUCCGUUUGCGUACACGUUCUUCUCGAGUCUCCAGCCAGGGAGUUCCAUCAAAGCCCACUCCGCGCCAUGCAACAUUCGCCUGCGAUGCCAUUUUCCGCUCUUCGUUCCUCCUGGAUGUGGGAUCCGAGUUGGCGACCAAAUCCGCACGUGGAAGGAAGGCGAAUGCUUGAUCUUGGACGAUUCGUACGACCACGAAGUGUGGCAUGACGGGAAGAAGGGCGAACGAGUUGUGCUGUUGUUUGACUUUUGGCAUCCCGAUCUCGUUCCCGAAGAGCGAGAUGCCCUCAUCGACAUGUUUGCGGAGGCAAAGACCAAGGGAUGGCUGUCGGACAAGUAGCGCGGUGCCACAAAUUUCCGGCACCGGUCGUGGGCUUAGCUGUAUAACAAGGACAUAGAAGUUGUAGUCGUCGAGAAG